AGAGGAGGUUCAUGAACAGGAGCUUGGGAACGCAAUGAAUGGCAAGGAAUCACAGGAUAUUCAGCUUUGAUGUACAGAGAGACCAGGCAGGUCGUAUAAUACAGCGCAUAUACCAAAGAACCAUAAGCAUACUCUACAUUCAUGAGAGCGAGAUCUCUCUUAAGGAAUCACUUCCGUCUCUUCCUCUCAUUGGGAUUCUUCUUCCCAUAUCCAACAACAGGCAUAUCACCAUCGAAGUUUCUACUUUUCAUGCUCCUCCCCUUACCUCCCGCUCCAACACUCAACAUCUCGGGUACCCAGUCCGGGUCCAUCCAACUGCUCAUUACCGCCCCAUCUCCACUCCCCUUCCUAUUCACAGCCCCAUUCAACAAUCUCUUCUCUUCUCUUUCUCUCUUCCCGUCCGCCUGUUUCUUUGCACGUAUCCAUGAUGUCUGAUCCUCACGUAGAAUCAAACCUUCUCCAGGGCCCGUCUUGGCUGAACCGGGCUUUGGUGCUGGAAUAGAGUAGAUAGUGCCAC